AUGCUCGAUUUGUUCGUCGUUCUUUCCAGAACCGGAGUUACGCUCUGGUCGAAACAAUUCACCGAUUCAGUGUCGAAGCAUACCAUCGUAAACAAAGUCGUGCGUACGGCAUUCCUAGAGGAGCGCACCGCGACGCGCCGCAUGGAUAUGGAGGGAUAUACCAUUCGCUGGUCGUUCAACAAUGCACUGGAUCUUACGUUUAUCGUUGCCUACCAACGCAUUCUACAGCUCGGCUACAUCGAAGAUUUUUUGGAAACAGUCCAGGAUGCAUUUACCGUGCGCUACGGCGAAUUGCUGCGCACACUGCCGACAGCAACCACAUCGAAGCCAACGCUUGAGGCGUAUGCCAACAGCCUCAAGGCAUGGGACGCAGAGUUUGUCAAAAUGCUGCGCAACGCGGAGAACAAUGAUCGACGGCAUUCUGUCGAGCCGCGCGUGAACGUGCACGAACUCGUACAAGAGGAAAAUGACUUUUCCACGCAGACGCCAACGCGCGGCAUCGAAGCACUGCGCGGUAAAGCGGCGAGUGGCCCAGGCGGCCGACGCAUUGCGCCGAAAGCCAAAAAAAACAAGACCACACCCACGAAAGAGCCUACACCCACGCCCAUGCCCGACUCUGCCAAGAAAGGCGGCAAGGAGCGGCGUAAGUGGGGCGCCAGCGCCACGGCCGAUCCCGACACAGUCGCGGCGUUAGACUACAGCGGCUCGGUCGAUGACGCACAAGGGCCUGGUCUGCACGAGCUCAUCGACGAAACCAAGCUUGGACACACGCGCGAAGACGGGAUGUACGAACUUGCAGACGAUGCGCCAGACACGCUGCCAGCCGAGGACGAAAGCCACGCUGGCAUCUUUGGCAAGCUGCUCAAUGCCAAAUCCGGCACAUUUUCGCUUGGACGUCUUACAGGUGCAAAAGACGCCAUCACGCAAGCGGAUCUCGAGCCGGUCUUGCAGACGAUGCAGCUCCAGUUACAGUCCAAGAACGUGGCCAACGAGGUCGCAGAGAUGAUCUGCGACGGCGUCAAGCGCCGCCUGUAUGGAAAGCGCGUCGGCAACUUCGGCAGCAUUAAAGCAGAAGUGCGCAAGUCGAUGGAAGACUCGAUUACACGCAUCUUGACGCCCAGCACAAGCACCGACAUUUUGCUUGACAUUGCAAGCAAGAAGCGCCGCCGCGACGAGCUGCUUGGUACCAAUCCCGGCGCUGCACGCGCGGGAAAAGGCGCCGCUGUCAGUCCCGCCCUCAACCCCUACACAAUCAGCUUUGUCGGCGUAAAUGGCGUGGGGAAAUCGACAAAUCUUGCCAAGGUAUGCUUCUGGCUCCUGCAGAACCGCUACCGCGUUUUGAUUGCAGCGUGCGAUACAUUCCGCAGCGGCGCCGUCGAGCAACUGCGUACGCAUGUGCGCAACUUGGGCCAGCUCGAAAUUGACGGAUCCCGUGUCAAGGAUGGGAUGCCAACAUCUGGCGACGCCAUCUUGGAGCUGUACGAGCGUGGGUACGGAAAAGACGCCGCUGGCAUCGCCAAGGAUGCGCUGGCGUAUGCGCGUACGCAAAAAUUUGACGUGGUUCUCAUCGAUACCGCCGGGCGCAUGCAGGACAAUGAGCCGCUGAUGCGCGCCCUCGCAAAGCUCAUUGCCGUCAAUCAGCCUGACAAGGUCCUGUUUGUCGGCGAGGCGCUCGUCGGCAACGAGGCAGUCGAUCAGCUUACUAAAUUCAACCGUGCGCUCAAAGACUACAGCGGGGUAUCGAAUCCACACGGCCUGGAUGGAUGCCUGUUGACAAAAUGGGACACGGUCGACGACAAGGUCGGCACAGCGCUGACGUCUGCGUACGCUACGGGUCUGCCCAUUUUCUUUGUUGGAACGGGGCAGACGUAUACAGAUUUGCGACAAUUGCGUGUGGCGCACGUUGUGGACGCAUUGUUGCGCACAUAG